AUGGCAGACAAUUACGCAUCGCACUUCGGUGUCAACAACAUCCCAUACGGUAUCGCAAGCUCUUCGAAGCGCUCUGCACCACAGUGUGCCACGCGCAUCGGCGACGAGGUCAUCUUCCUCGCAGAGCUCGCGGAGCAUGAUUCCCUCAAAACCAUCUCAGCACCGCUAUCCUCCGUCUUCCGCGAAUCCAAGUUGAACACAUUCGCUGCGCUGGGGAAAGACAUACAAAGUCAAGUACGCUCUGCGAUACAAGAAGCAUACAAGAGCAGGUCACACGCCAAUUGUUCAGAGAACAUCAGCGAUGUUACGCUCCACAUGCCAGUCAGUGUCGGAGACUUCACAGACUACAGCGCUUCAGCGAACCAUGUUCUGAAUGCAGGAGAAGCGGUGCAAGGAGUUCGUGCCUAUCCACCUGCUUUCAUGAAAUACCCCGUGGGCUAUGCAGGCCGGUCGAGUUCAAUCACAGUCUCAGGGGCACCCGUCACAAGACCUCUGGGUCAGUUCAUCGAGGACUACACCGUUCCAGAGAAGAAGAUCAUAUUUGGCCCGUCACGCGGCUUGGACUACGAGAUGGAAAUCGCGGCAGUCAUCGGCAAACCCGUCCAGGCUGGGACGUAUCUUAACGCAAAGGACGCGGAUGACCAUAUCUUCGGACUGGUUCUGCUGAACGAUUGGAGCGCGAGAGAUAUCCAAGGCUUAGAGAUGAAUCCGCUUGGGCCUUUCAACGGAAAGAACUUUAUGACUUCAAUCACCCCUUGGGUCGUUACGCUAGAAGCAUUGAAGCCCCAUGAGGUCUCGGCCCCGCCUCGUAUAGAGCCUGUAGCUUCCUUCAUGGACGAUCCCAACAGCAUCAACUACAACAUCCAGCUUGAAGGUCAGAUCAUACGAAACGGUACUCAGACUACGACCUGCAAGGUUGGCUUCGAGACGAUGUACUGGACCUUCAGGCAUAUGUUAGCGCACCACACUAUCGGCGGCUGUGGACUCCGCACGGGAGAUCUGGUAGCUAGCGGGACAGUGUCGGGCGAACAAGAACAUGAACAUGGAUGUUUGCUCGAACUGACUAAGAACGGCAAGGCUCCAAGCAAACUGAGCGAUGGAUCUGAGCUACGCUACCUCAAUGAUGGGGACGAGGUGCGCUACACAGGCGUUGUUGGAGAUGGAAGCACUGGUGUCGGGUUUGGAGUAUGUGUUGGCACAGUGAAGCCCGCCCGGAAGGUUUAA